CGGCCGAGCCGCCACCGCCCGCCAGUCUUUCAGCCCCUGCACCCUUGAGAUGGAGAAAUAGCUGCUGUGUGCCAGGCACGCCACCUCUCCCCCAUCAGCCCUGGGAGGUGGGCACUGUUAGGCCCCUUGGACAUUCAUCCGUUCCACAACAUUUACUGAGCACCCGCUGUGUGCCCAGCACCAUUCCAGGUUUGGGGACAUAGCAGGGAGCCUGCAGCCUGGGCCCUCCGGAAGCCCACCUUCUGGAGGGCACCAAGGCUCAGAGCGUGGCCCUGGUGGCUGGGAUUCAAGCCCAGGUCUGAGGCUUAGUCCUCUGCUGUCCCGGAUGCAGCACACUGUCUCCCAACCACCCAGUGAUUCUCUUAGUCCAAGCCUCAUCACACCCCCGGGAUGGGACAGGGCAGGCACCAGGCAACUGCAAGGCCCAAAGAGACCUUACAACUUGCUCAAGGUGGCCGAGCCUAUCUCCUGGAGGAUAGGCCUAGCUGCCAGGCUUGUCCAGACCAGGGUCAGAAUCCAUUCACAACGAGCCUCCCAGCAGUCCCCAUGGGAAUCGGCCGGCCUUAGAAAGGGGGAGGGGUAUUAGAUUUUAUCCAAAGAAAGCAUUUCCACGACUCAAAACGUCUGACAAAAGGGCACCAGCUUUUCCCUGCUAAUGCCUAGCACAGGGCUGGGUGCACAGCAGGUCUCCGAGGCCGAUGUGGGGAUGACGGUGAGACAGAAUCACCUCCAUGUGUAGAUAUCAGCAAACUCCAUGCUGGCAGUUGGGUCACUGAGGCCCAGAGAGAAAUGAGCAACCCGAGUGAUUGCUGGGUUCAUUCGUUCAUCUAUUCUUCAGUCAACAAACAUUCACUGAGCAGUGACUGUGUGCCAGGCACUGUUUUAGGUGCUGGGGUUGCCUUGAUGCACAAACAGACAAAAAAACUGUGCCCCUGUGAAUCAAGCUAAGGUGGACCCCAGCGUGGGAUGGGGGGUCAGUAAUCCAGCCAGCAGGACAUUGCCUCCUGCCCCCCUUGGGGGCACGACUCAAAACAGUCUGCAAAGCACGCCCACCUACAUGCUCCCAGUGACAAGCCUUCACCCCCAACUCCUUCCUCUCCUGGUCCCUUGGACAGUAUGUGCCCUGAACAUAAUCCAGGUUGGGAGAGUGGGGGCCCUACAUCCUUGGGUGACUUCAUGUGCCCCUUGCCCACUCUGCCCAAGACCCACCACUUCUGCCCCCUCAGCUCUCCCUGGAUCCACUGAGUCCCGAGUGGGACUGCCCCCUGGGCUCCAAGGACCUGGAGGAAGAGGAGGGCCCACGGGGAGGGGGCUCUGGCCUGCCGCCCACAGGCUGCCUCCCUGGCUCCUGGCGCCAGGACGUGGGCCUGGACUGCAAGGGCUCCCCUGAAGGGGCCGAGGCCCGGGCCUGGACUGUCUACUACUACAGCCUCCUGCAGAGCUGUCUGCAGCAAGCUGGCCUUCCGGAGACCCAGGACCGCAGCCAGGUGCCCCGCACAGGCUGUCCUGGGGCAGAGGUGACCUUGUGCAUUCUGGGAUCCCCGAGCACCUUUCUGUCAGUGCUGCUGGAGGGUGGGGUCCAGAGCCCGGGAAACAUGCUCCUUUGCCUGUCCCCUGCUUGGCUGAUGAAGGUGCCAGCACCCGGGCAGCCGGGUGAGGCAGCCCUGCUGGUCUCCAAGGCUGUGAGCUUCCACCCAGGGGGCAUGACAUUCCUGGAUGACUUUGUCCCCCCACGCCGUGCCACCUACUUUCUGGCGGGCGUCGGGCAGGGGCCUGGCUGGGGCCGGGAGGCAGCAGAGCUUGCCCGCGACCUGACCUGCCCCACAGGAGCUUCGGCCGAGCUGGCCCGGCUGCUGGAGGACCGGCUGCUGACGAGGCGGUUGCUGGCCCAGCAGGGCGGUGUGGCCGUGCCAGCUACCCUGGCUCUCACCUACAAGCCGCCGGGGCUGCUUCGGGGAGGGGAUGCCAGCCCAGGCCUACGGCUGGUGGAGCUGAGUGGCAAAGAGGGCCAGGAAACACUGGUGAAAGAGGAAGUAGGGGCCUUUCUGCACUCCGAGGCCCUGGGUGAUGUCCUGCAGGUGGCUGUGAAGCUCAGUGGCUGGCGUUGGCGGGGCCGGCAGGCAUUGCGUCUGCACCAACGGGUAGAGCUGGACGCAGUGGUGGACACAGUGCUGGCGCUGCUGGAGAAGCUGGAAGAGGAGGAGAGUGUCCUGGUGGAGGCUGUGUGCCCACCUCCCCGGCUGCCCUUCCCAGGCAGCCCCUCACCUGGCCCUGAGCUGGCUGUACGUAUCUGUGCUGUGGUGUGUCGGACACAGGGGGACAGGCCCCUGCUAAGCAAGGUGGUGUGCGGCGUGGGCCGCGGGGAUAGGCCUCUGCGGCAUCAGAACUCCCUGCCGUGGACGCUGGAGGUGGCGCUGGCCCAGUGCGGCCUGGGCGAGGCGACGCAGGUGGCGGUCGUGCGGCAGCGCAUCAAGGCGGCGGCCGAGGCCGCUCUGGCCGCUGUGCUGGCCCUGGAGGCCGGCCUGAGUGCCGAGCAGCGAGGUGGGCGCUGGGCCCACACUGACUUCCUUGGCGUGGACUUCGCGCUGACAGUGGCCGGCCGCGCGCUGACCCCCGUGGCCCUGGAGCUGAACGGCGGCCUGUGCCUGGAGGCGUGCAGCGCGCUCGAGGGGCUGUGGGCCGCGCCGGGGUCGGCGGCCGACGCCGCGGCGGCCGCGCCGCUCGUGGAGACCAUGCUCCGGCGCUCCGCCCGCUGCCUCAUGGAGGGCAAGCAGCUGCUGGUGGUCGGCGCGGGCGGCGUCAGCAAGAAGUUCGUGUGGGACGCGGCGCGCGACUAUGGGCUCAAGCUGCACCUGGUGGAGUCAGACCCCAACCACUUCGCAUCCCAGCUGGUGCAGACCUUCAUCCACUUUGACUUGACGGAGCACCAGAGGGAUGAGGAGAACGCACGGCUGUUGGCGGAGCUGGUGCGGGCGCGCGGCCUGCAGCUGGAUGGCUGUUUCUCCUACUGGGAUGACUGCCUGGUGCUCACAGCCCUGCUCUGCCAGGAGCUGGGUCUGCCCUGCAACCCCCCGGCUGCCAUGCGCCUGGCCAAGCAGAAGAGCUGCACCCAGCUGCACCUGUUGCAUUGCCAUGGCCCACCCUGGCCUGCACCCUCCCUUCAUGCCGUGCCCUGCUGUCCGCUGGAGAGCGAGGCUGAUGUGGCGAGGGCUGUCCACCAGGUUCCCCUGCCAGGUGUCAUGAAGCUGGAGUUCGGGGCAGGUGCAGUGGGAGUGCGGCUGGUGGAGGAUGCGCCGCAGUGCCAUGAACACUUUUCCAGGAUCGCCCGAGACUUGCAGGGUGAGGCCGAUCACCCGGGCAUUGGGCUGGGCUGGGGCAAUGCCAUGCUGCUGAUGGAGUUUGUGGAGGGCACCGAGCACGAUGUGGACCUGGUGUUGUUUGGUGGGCGGCUGCUGGCUGCUUUUGUCUCUGACAACGGCCCCACAAGGCUGCCUGGCUUCACUGAGACGGCCGCCUGCAUGCCCACCGGGCUGGCACCGGAGCAGGAGGCACAGAUGGUGCAGGCAGCCUUCCGCUGUUGCCUGGGCUGUGGGCUGCUUGAUGGGGUCUUCAAUGUGGAGCUCAAACUGACUGGGGCUGGGCCUCGGCUCAUCGAGAUCAACCCCCGCAUGGGCGGUUUCUAUCUGCGCGACUGGAUCUUGGAGCUCUAUGGUGUGGACCUGCUGCUAGCUGCUGCUAUGGUGGCCUGUGGCCUGCGGCCUGCCCUGCCCACCCACCCACGUGCCCGUGGCCACCUGGUAGGUGUCAUGUGCCUCGUAUCCCAGCACCUGCAGGCCCUGAGUUCCACUGCCAGCCGCGAGACCCUUCAGGCCCUGCACGACCGGGGCCUGCUGCGCCUCAACCUGCUGGAAGAGGCCCUCGUGCCUGGAGAGUAUGAGGAGCCCUACUGCAGCGUGGCCUGUGCUGGGCCCAGCCCCACUGAGGCCCGCCUCCGCCUGCUGGGCCUCUGCCAGGGCCUGGGCAUCGAUGGGCCCAACUACCCCGUUGCCCACUUCCUAUCUCACUUCAAAUAGCGCUGGGGCCAGGAGGCAGGGGUGAGGUGCUGGGGGAGGGCUGUGGUGCCCUCUGCUUCCUGGUGCUCUCCCUGCCUCUCUCCCCAUUGCCCUGUCCCGGCCCCAGUCUGGCCCACUCUGAUGCCUCAGAUCUGUUCCAGAGUGGCAGUGCCAUUUAGGCACCAAGGCCUCCUGGACUCAAAGGCCACAAAAGCAAGUAUCUGGGGGCUGCUGGGGCCUCUAGCCCUCCCAAAAGUCCCAGUCCAGCCCACAGCUUCCCCAGGACUCUAGCCUUGGAGAAAUGACAGCAGCUGUAUACACACUUCCACCACCACCUCCCCAAGUGGAAGUGGGCCCAAACCCAGCCACUCUGCCCACCUCUCCAGGUCCGUUUCUCUUCCUGCCACCUAGCAGAGGAGAGAACCUGGUUGGGCCCCUGGCCUUGGACAAAUCCCAGGAAAACCUGAGACUAAAGCCCCUGUCUUUCUUUUACCCAAAUUCCAGGAUAGUUCUAGAGCCUGCUGAAAACUUUCAGCAGUGUCCCACCUGCCUCAUUUGGCCUAAGCAGUAGAAGCAGGUGACCUUCAGUCAGCAGUAAUCAUUUCCCCUCACACCUCCAGUCAGACGCUGUUGCCCCUAUUCUACAGAUGAGAGGAAACAGGCUCAGAGAGGAACAGUGACUGCCCCAAGGUCAUACCACAGUAGAUGGAUGGUCGUGGGACAUGAUGCAAAGUCCAGGUUUCUGUUUUGAUUAAGUCUUAUAUGCCCACUCAGCUUCUAGGCCACCCUCAUCUCCUUACCUUCAUUCAUAAGUGGCCCUGAGAUGUGUGAAUACCUCUCUCCCACGCACCAUGCACCUUUUCCACCCAGCUUUGGUCCUUUCGUCUCUGGCACACUAACUAGCAUUGGCAGAGGAGAGUCUACACUCCCUAAUUCAGGGAAGGCUGCUUCAAGAACCCUGCCUCUGAGCACACAGGAGCUAUGGACAGCUCCCCAAGCAUUUCUCCCCAAAUAAAGGCUUAUGGACUAGUGAA